CCGCUACAUAGGGGCGGCUGUUGCUUAGUUUUUGUCCCAGUUCCCAGCGCAGGCGGUAGCGGCGCUAGGUGUGGUGGCGCCGACGCCGGUUCCCCGGGACUUUUGGUUUUGCGGAGCGGCCCGCGCUUGCCAAGGCCGGGGGGCACGAGUGAACAUGCUUCCCGAGGGCCAGCGGCCGCGUUAGAUCACCCACAGUAUAGAAUUUAAACCUUCUCUCUGAAGUGUGUGGUAAAACUAAAGACGACGAUGAACAACUAAAGGUAGUCUAGAAUUGUGCUCACUAAUAGUAACAGGACAAAGUUGAGAGAUCUGCUCACUAAUAAUACCAGGACAAAGUUAAGAGAUCGCAACUCAAGCAUACGACUGCUAUGAAGAUGUUUGAUAUUAAGGCUUGGGCUGAGUAUGUUGUGGAAUGGGCUGCAAAGGACCCAUAUGGCUUCCUUACAACAGUUAUUUUGGCCCUUACUCCACUGUUCCUAGCAAGUGCUGUACUGUCUUGGAAGUUGGCCAAGAUGAUUGAGGCCAGGGAGAAGGAGCAAAAGAAGAAACAAAAACGUCAAGAAAAUAUUGCAAAAGCUAAACGACUAAAGAAGGAUUGAAGGAAUGAACAGGCUCCAUGACCAGAGGGAAAAUCAUUUGGAAAAUUACGCAGCUUUGGAAGGACCCACUAAGGUUUCUUUUUUGGAUUUCUCAACAGUAUUACUUAGCAAAGGAAAUUCGACCAAAUGGAAGAAUCAUGCUAAUUCUAACCUCAAUACUGUAGUAACUUUUAGGUUUGGGUAUAUAAGUAUGUUGGUAUCUAUUGACAGUUACUGUAAAUUAGCUUUUACUAUGGUAUAAAUUCUUUAUAACUGACUUAAUCAUUUGCCAUUUUAAUAGUUUACAUACUGAAAAAAAAAUCCUGUGGAGAAAAUGAUUUUAGAUUAUGAACUCUCAAAUUAGCUAUUUAAAAUGGGGCCCUUUUCUAGACAGAGGAAGUCAAGAAUGAACUUGAUUCAAAGGAAGUCAAAAUUGAACUUUAUGAGGUGAAAGGUGUGCAUUGUCUAAAGAGAGAGAUACAGUAUUUUAAUCACAUCUUUUCUCAUUAUUGCUUAUUUCUUAGAAUAAUUCCUGGCUUAAAGCAAAAUAAUAAUUACUUUCUAUUUUCUGCAUUUUUCUGAUAUUUUUUGAGAAAACUGGUACUUAGCAAGACAUUCUGCAUUUUUUAAACCUUUUUUUGUCAAGAAUUGUCUUAACUAUGUAGAAUACCACCUACUGGAUAUAACAAUUUUUGUACUUAGUGAAUGCUGCCAUUUUUUUAUGGACAACUUAAGAAGAGUAAUACUAUGAUUUAUAGCUUUCAAUAAAAAUGCCAAACACUGUAGUACCUUGGAACCAGUACCUUGAAAGUAGAUCUGUAUAAUUAUGUCUUAACAUAUAAUUUUCUGAGUGUACAGACACCAUUUUUGUUUUUUAUUCCACUCUUUAUUUUGAUUUAUAUGGUAGUGUUGUCCAGUACUUUUUGGUCAAACAGGUUCAAAGCAAAAACUAAAAUUUCACAUUAAAAAAAACAAAAAACUGUUAACAGUUAAGUUAUACUUUAUAACUAUUAAAGGCUUAAAAUUUGGAAAACAUUUUGUUGGCAUUGUAAUCUGGUGAAAAGGAUAAAUUAUGUCAAAGUGAGAAUGUUCUAUAAUUAGAAAUAAAAAGCUAAAGUAUG